CCCUCGUAGCAUUAUCGAUUUAUUGCUACCCGCUAAAAUGUUCUUAUUUACCUUCUAUUAAAUAUUUGAUUAUUCAGGUAUACAAACGCCAAUGGUGCCGUAAGUCAUUUCUGCCUUUAUAGUUUAUACACAAAAAUUUCUAUAGCCUUUGCCUAUUUGUCUGUUAUAUAUUAUAAACAAAUCAUACCCUCGACAUUGUGCUCUUUCGAUUUAUUCUAUGGUUUUGUUGUGACUAUUAUCACAUGACUCACCAUGUCCAAUUCAGAGAACGAUGUCUCAAUGACUCCGAGUACAAGUACAUCGACAGAAGGAGUCAUUAGUACUACAACUCCUGAACUUAAAUCACAAGAUGUGUGCAUAGCAGAAGGAUGCAAUAAUGCAGCUAUUCAACAUGCAGAAUGGGACAAUGAAUAUUGUAGUGUUAGUUGCACAUAUAAGCACUGCAAAGCCACAUUUUUAGAUUGGCUAGAAAGUAACAAAAAAGCAAAAGCAAUACAAAUAGCUGCGGAUCAAGUAAACGCAGCUGUUAAACCUAACGAAGAACAAUUGACAACUACAUAACAUGAAGCUGCAUGUCUUCAUUAAUAUGUUUUUUUUGUAAAUAAAACAAUCAUUUAUACUAUUUCACAUUAUUAUUGAUUAAAAUUCUGUUAUUGUGAACAUUGUUUUAUGAAACUAAAUAUGCAUACAUAAUAUUCUGCCUACAUUAAUUUAAAAAUAAAAUAAUCUAAAAACCUCAGUAUCAAUUUUAUAUUUAUGUUGAUAAGUAUUAACUAUAGUAAGUGAGAAAAUUGGCUCAAUAAAUCUUAUUUCCAUACUUAGGAGACAAGUCAUAAUUUAUAUUUUGUAUAAAACACACAAAGGGUGUAAAUU